UAUCAACGUCACGGUCGCGUUUUAAUAACAAGUUUCUCCCUCUCUUCGCCUAAACUACUUAAAAGCAAAAGCAAGAUUCCCCCUAAUCAUUGCGGUAUUACGUGAUAAGCGGUUCGUUUAGUGAGAGAUAAUGAAGUCAAUUACUUGCUUUAUUUUGAUCGUCGUUUGUGUUCACGUACAAUCCAGGCAAAUUUUUUUUGAGGAUUCCGAUUUUGGUAACGCUAAUGGAAAUAAUAACAACCAGCAGCAGCAACAGCAGCCAACAACACCUCCUAGUGGCUCAACGACAACCACCGCCACCCCUGCUUACCAAAGAUGCUUUGCCGAGUGCCAAACUCGAGUAACAAAACAAUACAGUCCAGUCUGCGCCAGUAAUGGGCAAUCGUUUAACAAUAUUAGACUUCUUGAAUGCGCUCGAAGCUGCGGACUAAAUGCGCAAUAUGAAUCACAUGGUACGUGUGGGCCGUCUCCGGGGGGUAAAUAAUUUCGGUAACACCUCCCGUGGUUUACGCAAAAUGUGAUAAAUAGA